AUGACGGCGCAAAGAGAUGGUGGUAGGCGACAACUAGAUGAAGCAAUAGAAGAAGCGGGGAAAACGCCAUUCGCAAGACAAAUACAACUCGCAGAAGUACCAUCUAAAUGCACCUUACCUGUAUUUACUGACAUCUUUGAUGAAAGCACAUGUGCAGUGAAGCAUAUAAGGGCGUAUAGUCGAUCCCUAUUACAGUGGAAGGAAAAUGAUGCGGUGUUAUGUAAAUAUUUCCCAGCGAGCUUGACAGGGGAAGCCUUGCAAUGGUUUGAAGGAUUCCCAAUAGGAACCAUUCGAUCAUUUCAUCACUUACAAAAUAUCUUCUUAGGAAAAUACAUCAGCAAUAACAUGCUAAGACCAGGUAUUGAAAAAGUGUUCAGCUUACGCAGAAGGAUCAAUGAGAGCUUGCGCAGUUUAAUCACGCGUUGGAGGAGCAUGUGUAGCGAAAUGGCCGGAAGAGUAGAUGAGAGAAACCUUAUAUUAGCCUUCAUCAAUACACUUUUUCCUACAGAUUUAUUGUAUAUGCAAAUCUUCAGGACAAAAGAUACAAUAAACAUGGCAGAAUUACGCGAGUUCUAG